GCUAUGGUGUAGGUGGCGGCGGCCGCGGCGGCGCUCAGGCAGAAUGCAAGUGUUUGUGCGCACACUGAGCGGCAAGACGGGCGUUGUCAGCGUGCUGCCAUGCGACCCAGCGGCUGUGCUGCUGCUAUCGACUGCGGCAAACGAAGGCGUGCCGCCGGUUCUCCUGCGACUGCUGUGGCGUAGCCGGCGUGUGCGCUUGCAUCGCAGCUUUGCGGCGCAGGGCAUUUUGCCAGGCAGCACAGUGUUUGUGACCAGCGUGCUGUAUGGCGGCGUUGGGUUCACAGAGGCGGAAGUGCGGCGCGUGUGCGACGCUGUGGAGAAGCUCGCGCGCAGGGACGCGGGUGCAUGCGCGCGCAUGGAGGCUGGGCAGUGGGAGCCGCUUGUGCAAGUGCUUGCGCAUCAGAGCACUGCCUCGCCAGCAGUAGUGGAGGCCGUACUCCGCGAGCGUGCGGCGACAAUUCGAGCGGCAGUGGCGGUGGCAGGUAUCACGCAUCGCAUGUUCGCUGCACGCACUGCAAAGCAGCAGGCUGCGCGAGCAGCGGCGGCCGGGUCGGUAGCAGGCAGCGUACAGGCGAGUGCGGGUGGAGCGCCAGGCACCUCAGCUGUAGGAGCGUCGCCUGCUGCCGGGACCGGGCCUGGGUCAGCAGGUGCAGCGGCGAGCCGCUAUUCGGGCGCAGCUGGGGCGCCUUCAGCAGCCCAGCACAAAGUGAUAGCAGCGCCGGGGGCUAGGCUGGCCAGCGUGCCGCAGCAGCCGCGCACGGUCCGGCAGCGCGCGCAGGCGGAGGCGUUCAAAUCGAUGAUGGGGCAAGGGCUGGAUGAGGGUAGCCGUGCUCAUGCCGCUGCACAGACUUGCACGUUCACCAGGCCCGAGCCGCCUGCGCCACCGGCACCAGCGGCACGGGAGGGGCAGCCGCAGGGGCGUUAUGUCACAGAUGUCAUUGAUGGCAUCGUGGGCGUGCUGCGGCAGCACCGGGAUCUAGCCAGCAUCUUGCACCGCAAAGAGAUGAACAUGCUGCUGCCGGGUGAGUUGAAGCAGCUUGCCGAGGCGCUGCAGCAGCAGCUGCCGGAGAAGCUGCGCAGCAGCUCAGUGCAUGGGAUGGAGACGUGGCUGCAUCACCACGUGGACGAGAUCGAGCUCGCGCUAGCAGGCGUGCCAAACCCCGAUGCGGUGGCAGCAGCUGCCGGUGUGGGCGGAGCAGCCAUGCCGUGGGAGGUGCAGCUGGGCUUGCAGCGUGUUGCGGAGAUGAUGGGGCUGGCCUCCGACGCGGAGAAGCAGCCGGCAGCGGAGGCGUGGCAGGAGCGGCAAUGGCACACGCUAACAGAUUGCAUCAGUGCUACGCGCGCUGCAGCCAGGGUCGCAGGAGACACCGCGGGGGCUGCAGGAGCGGCCGUCAGCACAGGCGGCGCGCAGACCGCCGCUGGUGGCGUGCCUGACAUCGCAACGUCACGCUUGUGUGACGAUGCCGCUGCAGCACAGGCGAUGCGCCAGCAGAUGGCCGCGGAGUUGCCGACGCAGCCGUGUUGCGUAUGCGGUCGCCGCCGGCGUCAGCGCGAUGUUCAUUGGCAUCGUGUCUCGGGAUUGCGGGAGUGGCUCGACGAGCAGCUUAGCGUGAUGCUGCCGGGCACAGCAGAGGCGCCGCGGGAUGGCAACACGCUGUGGGCUCCGCCGACAUCGGCCGAAGCUGUGGCGUUGCUGGCGGGUGCCACGGGCGCUGCGUCAAUGCCAGAAAUUACGGAGCGCGUGAUGCGCGAGGGCCCAGCCUCAGGGCGCACGGUGUAUCGGCUGCAGGCGCAUCCUGCGGCGGGCACAGUGCAGCUGGCCGCAGAUGGCGAUCACCAGCUGCGUGUGUGUGUCGAUUGCAUGCGGGCGCACCAGCAUGGGCAUCUGCCCCCACUGUCGUACGCGUGCGUUGACAAUGGGUUGCGGCCCAGCCACCUACCGCAGCUCACGGUGAUGGAGGAGCGGCUGGUGGCAGUGUGGCGGCCGCUCCGUAACCUGAUGGUGUGUCGGCCGCCAGCAGCGGGCGGCGGGCCGGGGCAUUGGGAGAUGCGCGCGCACGUGAUUGCGUUCAAGGCGCCGGAGCCGCAGCAGCUGGCAGCGGUAUUCCCGUGCAGCCUGGCGCGCGUGCCUGAGUGCAUAACAGUGGUGUUUGUGAGCCCGGCACAGACGUACCAGCAGCUGGAGGCGUUGGCGCGCCGCGUGCCCGCGCUGAUGGUGCGGGGCAAAGUCGUCGCGGCCUGGGCGCGGCACUUGGCAGCUCUGUAUCCCAGCGCGCGCCUGGACGAGGCGGCCGUGCAGGAGUGGGAGCGGCAGCCGCCAACAGCGGUAGCGGAUACUCUCGCGCGGCGCGCCGUCUGCACGCAAACCCAAGGCGAGGCAUCGGCGCUGCUGCGGACUUUGCGGGCGGAACAGGAGGGGUAUGCGCGCGCGCGGUACGGUACUGCAGAGGAAGCUGCAGCUAGAGGGGCGAGUACAGCAAUGGCGGUGGCCGUCAACAGCGACAGCAGCAGCGGCUCGGACAGCGAGGCCAUCAUUGUGCAGCAGUCGCUUGCACGGCCGAGCCGGAAGCGGUCCAGGUUGCUGUCUGCCGCGCACAUGCAGCGGCUGCUGUGUGGGCUGGAUCGCGACGCGAGCGUGGCGGUGCGGCAGUUGCUUCUGGCCCACAACUUCAAGGCUGCUGCUACAAAGCUGCUCCGCCACCACGGCGGCGCACCAACCAAGGAGGCGGUGACGCAGAUGCAGGUGCAGCUGCAAACGCAGCAUUGUAAUUACGAGCAGGUGUUAACGGACCACGAACGAGCGCUCAUAGCUGAGGCGAAUGCGAGUGGCAGCACGCGCCCGCUGUCACGCCCGCCGGCGGGCGCACCGCUGCCGCCAGGCAGCUUGUUCGUGGUGCACGAGCCGCAGGCACUGUCGCCGGUGCAACGGGAGCACGGUGGGCGACGGCCGCAGUCUCUUCCAGCACUGCCUGCAGAAGCCGCACAGCGUGCAGGCGCAGCAGCACCAGCAGCGGCGGCGGCAGGGGCGGAGGUGGCGGCAGCAUUCAGCAGCUGCGGUCAGAACGUGACACAUAUGCAGGGCAUAGACGACGUUGACUUGUCGCCAACGCCAGCAGAUUCGCCGGCGUUGCGCGCGGUGUUUGAGGACGCCUGCGCCGACGAGCGCGCCCUGCAGCUGCUGCUGGACGGAUGGCCACUCGCAUCAUGCACGGAGCAGGCCCCGCAGUCGGACUAUCAGCCGGAGUGGCCACUGCGCGUGCACGUGAAUCGGUUUCCUAACGGCACGGGCGCAUGCCCGGCCGGCAUGCAGAUGCUCAGCUGGAUCCAGCUGCAGCUGCAGCGAUGGUACCCACCAGCGCCGGACGGCACCGAAGACUGCAGCGCCCAGGCGAAUGCGAGUGGCAGCACGCGCCCGCUGUCACGCCCGCCGGCGGGCGCACCGCUGCCGCCAGGCAGCUUGUUCGUGGUGCACGAGCCGCAGGCACUGUCGCCGGUGCAACGGGAGCACGGUGGGCGACGGCCGCAGUCUCUUCCAGCACUGCCUGCAGAAGCCGCACAGCGUGCAGGCGCAGCAGCACCAGCAGCGGCGGCGGCAGGGGCGGAGGUGGCGGCAGCAUUCAGCAGCUGCGGUCAGAACGUGACACAUAUGCAGGGCAUAGACGACGUUGACUUGUCGCCAACGCCAGCAGAUUCGCCGGCGUUGCGCGCGGUGUUUGAGGACGCCUGCGCCGACGAGCGCGCCCUGCAGCUGCUGCUGGACGGAUGGCCACUCGCAUCAUGCACGGAGCAGGCCCCGCAGUCGGACUAUCAGCCGGAGUGGCCACUGCGCGUGCACGUGAAUCGGUUUCCUAACGGCACGGGCGCAUGCCCGGCCGGCAUGCAGAUGCUCAGCUGGAUCCAGCUGCAGCUGCAGCGAUGGUACCCACCAGCGCCGGACGGCACCGAAGACUGCAGCGCCCAGGCACCACACUUCAUUCUGGACAUGUUUGACGCGUGGCAGCGGCACACGGUCAACCAGCAGGUGGCGGUGCGCUUCAAGCUGGACCCGCAGCUCAUCAUGAGUCUCGGCGACAUGGGGCCGGACACGCUGGUGGAGGCAGCGGACGUGCUUGCAGCAGGCCUAUCACGGGCGGAGCAGGCCCAGCGGCUACACGGAUCGCCACCGGAAGUGGAGCAGCUCGUGCGUGGAGCGCGCAUCACGGGCGCCCAUGUGGUGGGCUCGCCUGGCUCCUAUGCAGCGCUGCGCAGCCGCGCGUACGGGCUGUGGGCUGCGUAUGGCCCACCCAGCGCCACUGUGACGCUCAACCCCGCAUCGGUGCACUCAGAUGCCACGUUCACGCUGAUGGGGCGUCCGUACACCUUCGACGUGCGGACAGGCGCGCCGCAGCAUCGGCCCAUGGCCGCGGAGCGGUGGGACCUGGUGGCCGGGCACCCGCUCGCGUGUGCCGAGUCCUUUGAGGCGUUCAUGGACGCGUUCUGCGACGUGUUCCUCGGGUGGCCAGCAGGGUCAGAUGUGCAGCAACGUAGCAACUGCCUGUUCGGGCGCGUCGACGCCUUCUUCUUCAAGUUCGAAAUGAAUCAGCGCGGAGAGCUGCACGUGCACGGCUGUAUCUGGCAGCCCGGGCUGCAGCCAGCACGCCUGCGAAAGGCGCUAGCGGACCCGCGGAAUUGUCCCGACGUGCUGGACUUCCUGGAGUCCGUGCAGACGCAGUGGUUCGCCUCGCCGCUGCUGUUCAGCGGCGGCGAGCGACCGGUCCACGCUCAGAAGCUCAGCACCGAGCAGCUGCAGGAGGUGGCUGAGGCGGCUGGCAGCGAGCGCUUGACGGAGCUGCAGCGGGACAUUCUCAGGGAGGUGCUGGUGGAGGUGAAGGCCAGGGGGGCCAUGGAAGACGCAGCCGUGUCUUGUCGGCCGCCUCUACAAUGCAGCAGUUUGACUGAGGCGGAGCGGCUCGGGUUAUUUGCUGCGCACGCGGUCCUGGAGACGCUGCUGCACGCCCAUCGCGAUGGCACGUGCACCACGUCACACAGCAAGCAUGCCACGGACAGCAACUGCCGCAUGCGGCUGCCUCGGAUGCUGCACUGGCUCACCACGUACCUGCACGAGCAGUCGGUGUGCGUGCACCUCAAGCGGUAUGGCCGCUACAUGGUCUCGCAUAUGGUGGCCCUGCUGCUGGCGGUGCCUUGCAAUCACACCGUCACGUUUGCGUGUGACGUGGGGCGCUGGCUGCGCACGCGCGAGCUAUGGGAUCAGCGGCACGAGGGCAUUCCGCGCACGGACCCUGUGUGGGAGCGGCGGCCGCAGCUGCCCAGCCUUGAGCAGCUUGCCGCGGACGCAGCGGACUAUGCCCUGAAGUAUGCCACCAAGUCUGAAGCAGUGCAGGGCAGCAGGGCCCUUAUAGCCGCAGCCACCAUGCUGCGGCGGCGCAUGCACCUCAUGACGCCAGAGCAGCAGGCCGGGAUUGAGAGCGAGCACCUGCCCAUCCAGGACGUGCUGGAUCAGCUACGGCAUCCCUUCGCAGCCUUUGCGGACGCCAGCGCCUCUGCCUGGGCGCCCCGGCCUCCUACUGCAGGUGUGUCAGCUGCAGGCGAGAGCAGCACGCCGGCACAGGCGCAGUUCACGGCGGAGGUGACGGCGCGCGCACAGCAGUCCGCGACUGUGGCCGCGCUGCGCACUGCGCGGCCUGUCGGCGCGGCUGCGGUGCAACGGGAGGGGAUGUUCAACCUUGCGCACGCCAUCAACCUGUUAACAGCCCAGCAGACGUUCUCCGCUCCAGCAGCGGCGCUGCUGCUGAUGCGGGGCACCGACGCGCACGAAAGCCACCAGUUCAGGGCCAUCGAUUACAGGAUGUUCUCGCAGCAUGUGCAGUCGCAGCUGAAGCGCGCGGACCCGGAGCUCAGGCCCAGAGACACCCAGCUGCGGCUCGUGUGUACAAUGGGCAGCGUUGGAGCGGGCGGGAGUCCGACAGGGGAAGGCCAGCUUCCGGCCGCCAGCACAAUCGCUAGCGAUGUCCCAGAUCCCGGGCCCAGCGGAAGCGUACAGCAGCUAGAGCAGCCCGCCGUCGCACCUGCUCGUUACCGGUCAUCAAGCUACCUGAAAGAUUACCUGUACCGCGGCGAGGCGCUGCGCGAGCUGUCUCCUAUGAUGAUGGCGAUGUUGUUUUAUAAGCACUCGGCCGGGCCAGAUGGAGCGCAAGGGCACCAUCUGCGCUUGCAUCCCGCGCACCCAGAGUACAGUAAAUGCGUGUGGCGACGCCGGCUGCGGCCGUACGUGCCGCAGCCGGUGUGUGACCCCGUUGUGCGGCCUGCGGACGGCGUGGGCGAUCCGCAGGUGCUGGAGCGCUAUGCAGUGUUUGCGCUCGCGAACUUCGCCGCCUACAGCUGUGACGACAUGCUCGAUCUCAGCAACGGCGCAUGGGCAGCUUAUCAGCGGUGCUUUGCACAGCCGGCGGAUGGCCAGUCGCUGCAUGUGCGCAUCGCGUGUCGUAUGCUUGAUCACGUGGAUGGGCUUGCGCGCGUGCGAAUGCGGGCGGAGGAGCGGCGGCAGCUGCAGGCGGAGGCGGAGGGCACCGCUGAGGAUGUGGCAGAGGAGGCACUGUUGGAGGGCGUGCCGUUGGAGGGCAUGGACGACCUGGAGGCAGAGCCGCAGGAUGAUGAGGAACCCGAUGUUAGGCGCAGCGCAGCGCCCGCAGCGGAGCUCUGGCAGGGUUGUGCGCUAUCGGAGACGGAACGCGCAGGGCUGCUGCAGCGCAUUGUGCACGGCGGCCUGGGUGGCGGUCUGACUACAGAGGCGACCACCGUGGUUGCCCAGAUCCCGCGCGCCAAUGCAUGGCCAGCGGUUGGGCGUACAGCGGCGGCAGCAGUAGUGCGCAGCACGCAGGAGUGGACACACGAGCGGCUGGCUGCAGCACAGCAACGCAUGCAUGAUUACGACCUAGGCGGGCAGUACGCCGCACAGGCACUCGCGCAGGCGCAGGGAGCAGUGCAGCAGCAGCUGCUGCUUUACAACAGCGGCACUGCAGCAGUGACAGCGAAGCUGGUGCUCAUCUCGCCAUUGGCGGUUACCACAGCCGCCCCAGAGGUGCAGGGCGUCUGGCCCGAUGCAGCGAACCCUGGUGCAGAGCCGCCGUACGUGCUUUGCCCGGAGGACUCGCAGCCGACGCCUGAAGACACAGCGCGGUUAUGGAACCUCAGCGAUGACCAGCAGCAGGCGUUCAUGCUGUACGCGCAGCUCCUGCUAGCAGAGGCCGCCGGCGUCCGUCAGCCCCCCGUGUGCUCGGUGCUCACGGGCAAAGCCGGCAGCGGCAAGUCGCGGGUGCUGCAGGCAUUGCUAUGGUUUGCAUAUCAGCACCGCUGCGAGUCUCUCAUUGCCCUCGUGAGCUACACGUGGCGCGCUGCGCUGCAUUUGCCACAGCCACGGCACGUGCCGCUAUAUAGCGGUGCUGCGGAAGAGAGCUUGCGGCAGCUGCUGGCGCCGGGCGCGGGGGACGGCGGGGCCAUGGAGCGCCAGAUCCGGCAGCUGGAGCAUCCGGAGGGCAGCAUGAACCUCAUGGGGCGGGAGCUGUGGAAUAUGGUGCCGUUCGCGUUCGUUCUCACUCACCAGCAUCGGCAGCAAGCAGGCGUAGCUCGUGCAGCUGCAUGCGCUCGCGCAGCGUCAGCAGCUGCUGCUAUGGCGUAGCGCGGACUUGUCGCCGGACGGGAGCAGCUUACCUAUUUCGCAUGUGCAUCAAUUAGAGGCGCUUGGCGGGGCCGAGGAUGAUAGCGGUGUGCCCGCUGUGUGCGCAUUCUUUGCUGGCAUUCGUUACGUGUUUACAUCAAAUGAGCAUGUGCGUCUGUAUCACAUCAACAACAACAGUGCCACAGGCACCGGCAUUGUUCUGCAUCCCAACGAGUCACCAUUGCCAGAUGCAAGCAUUGCCCCCGUGCAUGUCCUCAAGUUCGUGCCCUCGGCUGUAAUGGUGCGCCCCGACGGGCCUGAUGCGGGUCGGGUGUCUGUCGAUCAGGCCCUGGAUGUCGGGGAGAUUCCUGUUUUACCGUGCAGUGCUAUGUUCACAUCGCAGCAUGCAACCCUGCGGUUGCCUGUGAUGCGCUGGGGCUUUCGUGUGGAGCUUGCGUAUGCAGUCACCGAUUACUUUGCGCAGGGGCAAACUCUGCCAGCGCACGAACUGUGGCUGGUGGAUAUGUGCAAACCGCAGCACGGCAGUUGGCGGCGGGCUUCAAUUUACGUAAUGCUCACCAGGUUUCGUGGGUUGCAUGCCUUACAUUUAGUGCGUCCGCUGUGGGCCUCGCGGGCCGAAGAGCGCCGGCUUAAAAAGGCGCUGCGUACCAUGCUAACGCCCGAGGCAGAUCUAGCCGCGGAAUGGCAGCGGCUAUUGAGGCUCUCGCAGAGCACAGCAGUAGCAGUGCCAGGUAUGAUUGUGCGCAUUCAGGCCAGCAUGGCUGCCUCAUAACCAAGGCUUUCAAUGCAUGCAGUAGUGUUUUUAACAUGCGCGAGGUGUACUGACAGAUGACCUGGAAGCGUGGAGUACCUUGUGGGUGGUGAGUGCUGACUGCAAUUUACAGCAGUGACUUUCUUGUUGGUGUUUGGUGUGGUGACCAUCAUGCUUGGCUUCGCUGGCUGGACGUAUGUCACUGAGCUACGUUCGGGUUUAGUUUCUACCUGUCCUGUCUCUGCGUGAAGCCGGGGUAUUGUUUAUCUGCUUGCUUGUCGUGCGUUGGAUUGUUGUGUGUUUACAACAGGUUGAUGUGUGGCGUGGUUAAUCCCUUGCACUUUGAGGAGGUUAUUGUUAGCCAGCUGGUGUUCGCACAGGAGGUUGGUGGUCGAUGAACAGUCGACCGACAGAUGGAUCGCGGGAUUUGUUUUUGGCAUUUACCGCUUGGAUUCUAUUCGCAACGUAGCUCGGAAUACACGCUUAAUAUGCAUAGUUAGAAGACUUCGGGGACGCAAAUCGCUCGGAAAUGGAGGAGGGUCUCAAUAUGCUCGGCUCGCGAUGUCGCGCUCUUGAGCUUGUAUUAUGCACUGUGCGCAAUGCGCGUUCAGCAUGCAUAUUCUUACGAACAACUAGGGACUUGAGUGACGCGGUGUGAAAAUCAGUCGGGGUCUCGACAUGCUUGGCUCGCCAUUUCGCGCUCCCGAGCUCGUUGUGUGUGUUCCGAACAAUGCACGCUCAGAAUUACAUGUUCAAUAUGUCCGUCGCGAUGUUCGAGCUUGAAAACCGACAAGCAUGGUGUAUAGAUACACCUGGUAGCCUGAAUUCCUGUGUUUUUGGUGUAUUUUGUUGAUGUUGCAUCACGCCGUGCCUUGUCACAUUCAUGUUUUUUGUACCGGCGUGGCCUUGUUUGUAAAUUUCGCGGCGCCCUGAUCUUAUCUACUUCUUCGCUGUGAUCUGGCAAAAAAAACUGUUCUUGACGGGAUUCGAACCUGUGACAGCAUCUCAUUAAGCGCCAUAAUCAGACCCUCCAGAGGAGGGUGUGCAUUAAGCCAUAGAACCUCUGGGGUCAUCGGAACAACUUGUCCACAAUUCCGAAACUGCAGCUUCAGACGCCUUUCUGAGCACAUCCACCCUGAAGUGGCAUAACUAAGGCGUGGCACCGCAACCGGGGGCGUGGCUGACGGGUGGCAGGGGCGCUGGCCGCUGGGGGCGCGACGAUGGGGCGGAGGACGCAGCCUAACGCGGCCACACACGCACGGGCCCAGCACGCUUCAGGAACCACCGAAACGCGGCCAAAUCGUUGCACAUAUGCACUGGAGCACUAAUUCCAGCGUUGCGUAUGGUUUGCGCGCGUUGGGGGACACGGACACUGAGGCACCUAAAAUCGAUGCACUCACCCGGGAACAUUGCAGACUCUACACAACGCCAGCCGGCUCCACGCAGGGGCGCCAGACACUCAUCACUGAGCAUACAUCCUCGUUAGCAACGUUGCAGCGCCAGAGCAGCUGUGCAGACGCGCGGAAAGCACACUCUGUUCCGACUGAGCCACGCGCAGCUUGCGGUUCCGUGCGACACAUUGCUGCUUGGGGCAAAGAUAGGUAGUCAAGUGCCUAGACAUAGAAAGGUAACAGCCAAGAGGAGCGCUAAGGCUGAGCGCGCAGAAAAUGGUGCAUCUGGCCGUGGCACUCUUCGCUCCGACAUACGUAUGUUCAGCAGCUUCAGCUCGUAAACGGUCAGUGAGCGUUAAUAGUGCGACGGCGGCUAAUCCGACACAGUUGAAUGCAGGGGCCGCGCUCGUGAUGGAACAUGGCAAGGGGCAGGAAAGCGUAGUCCCGAUGUGUGUGGCUCCCACCCGUGCCCACAUAAAAGCGUAGCAAGAAGGGACAAGGCAUUGGUGCGUCGUUCGCGCGCUGUUACUGUACCGACGGUAGCUGGCAGGUUGUGUCGAUGUUUUGCUGACGCGCAUUCCUCACGCUCCGGGCGCCCGGCCAAGGCGAUAGCACCACACAGACUCAAUGCGACGCCACACCGCGCGGAUAGCAUAGCCGAUGCGCACCUGCAGGCAGUCGACCGGCGUCCACGGAUGAGCUGUGUAGACGAGCACUAGCGUAAUGCAACGGCGUGCAGCAAAACAAUGGCCGGGCGACAGUGUGACAAGCAGGGGCAAGAACAAGAAGACAA